UGAUGCCAAGUAGGACACAUCUGCUGUAAAAGCGGAAAAUCACCGAGAAAGACGCACAUUUUUUUUUUCCACAGGGGUUUAGCGGUUGGGAAGCCAUAACUUCCGUCUCAAGUGUGCACGAGCAUGGACGCGGAGUUGAGUUAUUUUGUCACUUUUCAUGAUCCGGCAGAAACCGACAGAAGAUCUGAAUUGAACUUUUUAAACGCUUAGAGAUAUUCCUAAAAACGGAAGAUGGAGCUUUGUGCGCGAAAUGAUACGUCUCCAGCGUGCGUGGAAACGCAGACUGAUGCACUGCAAACGGGAGCCGGGAACGGGAGCGUGGAGACCUCAAACAUCACCUGCUGCAACGUCUCAUCCAUCCUCAUACCUCCGCGCACGAGGCAGAAAGAUGGGGACCACACGCUGCGGAUCCUGCUUUACUCCCUCAUCUUCUUCCUGAGUGUGGUUGGAAACCUGUUGAUCAUCGUAGUUCUGUCCUUUAACAAGCGCAUGAGGACGGUAACAAAUACCUUCCUGCUGUCACUUGCUGUCAGUGACCUGAUGAUGGCGGUCUUCUGCAUGCCAUUCACCCUCAUCCCCAGCAUCCUGAAGGACUUCAUCUUUGGAGCAACCAUGUGCAAGAUAGUCUCCUACCUCAUGGGCAUAUCUGUGAGCAUCUCCACGUUUAGCCUGGUUGCGAUAGCCAUAGAGCGCUACAGUGCUAUCUGUAACCCUCUAAAGUCCCGGGUGUGGCAGACGCGCUCACAUGCCUACAAGGUGAUCGCGGUUACAUGGGUGCUGGCCUUCAUCAUUAUGAUCCCGUAUCCCAUCAUAAGUCAUCUGGAGUCUUUUCAGCGCCCGGAUAACACCACGGCACAUCAGUGCCGCCACAAGUGGCCCGUUGCAAAGGCCGAGCAGACUUGGUAUGUUCUGCUGCUGCUCGUGCUGUUUGCAAUCCCAGGGGUAGUGAUGAUUGUGGCCUAUGGACUCAUCUCCAGGGAACUCUACAGAGGCAUCCAGUUUGAGAUGGGACACAAAAAAGACUCCACCGACGUGAAAAAUGGCCUGACCUCCACCAUGUCUGCUGGAAGUGAUGAUGGAGACGGCUGCUAUGUCAAUGUUGUCCACACUCAGCAGUCCGUGGAGAUGUCCAGCAUGGCAGCAUCAGGCAGGGCGAGCAAACCCGAGAGGCCACGGAGUAACACAUCUGAGGCCAAGCUGGAAGCCAAGAAGCGCGUCAUCCGCAUGCUGGUGGUCAUUGUAGUCCUAUUCUUCCUCUGCUGGAUGCCUCUGUACUGCGCCAACACCUGGCGGGCUUUCGAUGACCUCUCUGCCAAACAGGCCCUUUCAGGGGCCCCCAUCGCUUUCAUCCAUUUGUUGUGCUACACCUCCGCCUGCGUCAACCCCAUAAUUUACUGCUUCAUGAACACGCGUUUCCGCAAAGCUCUGCUCGCCACCUUCUCAUGCUGCUCUGCGCCCUGCCACAGGCGUCUACGUCGCCGCGGGUUACGGGAAAAUGAAGAGGAGGUGAUGGCAACGGGAGCAUCCAUAUCCAAGUUCAGUUACACUACAGUGAGCACCAUGGGGACCUGCUGAGGCCUACAGAUGCAGGCAUGAUCUAGGGGUGUUACUACGUCAUUAAGGCUUAUCCACAUCCUCAAAGUUAACAGUAGGGUGGUGUGGGAGAACAGGCAGUGUAUUGUAGCAGUAUAGAAGCUUCAACCAUGACUGUGAGUAAGAUUUUGUUGGUAUUGUUUAACAAAAUCUAAUCUUACAGUGUAAAUACUUCUACAUAUAAAAUUAAACAAACGAAAACAUAAAAACAAUUAUAGCAUUGGGCUAAAUGUCACAGCAGAGGUGUGUGUCUCUGUGUGUGUAGAGGAUUAGAGGAUUUGUGUAGUUGUACAUUGAGUGGUAUGUGAGGGAGAAAGUUAAAUAAAUUUGUAGUAAUAUGUAGCUUAAAAAAGCUUAAAAAACAUUUGCAAUGGAAUUUCAAAGUGUUUCAUAUUUUGCUUUCAGUUGUUAAUCUAUGUGAAUGACAGUGAUGCCAUUGCCUUGUGUACCAAGUGCCUGGUUUUAACUACGAUAUGCUACUGCUGCUUUUCCUCAACCAUGAUGGGCGCCGACAGAGGAAUCAUAAUAUGAGGGGUAUAGAAGGGAUUUGAAAGCUGAAAUCCUCCUCAUAAGUAGGCAUUUCCUUCAGAUGGGAAGUUUUAAAGAGGAUGUGGAAAGUUGUGCAUUCUUAGUUUGCAUAUAGAUAAAAAACUUAUUCAGUAUUAAUAACCAAAACAGGGAGCUGUUGAGCCUUGUGUCGUGGUAAACUGAAUGUUAGCUAUCUUUGUGUUUUAAGGUCAUGAGGGACACAUUUUUGGAGUAUGCUGUACUGUUUUGUUUUGUUCUAGGUGCAAACAGCAGCAUACUGUAUGCUGGCGUCUGGUUUUGAGUCUCUAUUAAACUACUUAGCAGCUCCUACAUCAUCAUUUUCCCAAGCUAAGAGCUCAUUGGCUGAUAUGACAAAAAUUAAACUUCAGUCCUUUAAAGGAACCCUGAAUGAUCAGACAAGUUCAUC